AUGUUCUUGUCACAACAUUGUAAAGUUGGGGCCAGAUUCCUAUCCUUUCAUAGGUCAUUUGUUACAUUAGGCUACGCUUUCAACUAUUUAUCUGUACAUCAUAACAAUCUUCAAAACUUAACCUCAAAGAAUCACAUUUCAUCAUUAGCUUCUAACAAUAUGAACCUCAAAAACAAAAUUGUUGUUAAAAAUUCAAUCGUCGAAAUCGACGGAGAUGAAAUGACAAAAAUCAUGUGGGAUAAAGUUAAGAAAAAACUGAUUCUUCCACAUGUUGAUUUGGAUUUGAAGUACUUUGAUUUAUCAAUACAACACAGAGAUUCUACUGACGACAAGGUUACUUUGGAUGCCGCAGCUGCAAUUCAGAAGCACGGAGUUGGAGUUAAGUGUGCAACUAUCACACCUGACGAGGCUAGAGUGAAGGAGUUUAAUUUGAAGCGAAUGUACAAAUCACCCAACGGAACGAUAAGGAAUAUUCUGGACGGGACUGUUUUCAGGGUUCCUAUAAUCACAAAAUCAGUUCCAUUGCUGGUUCCAGGUUGGAAGAAGCCAAUAGUGAUAGGAAGGCAUGCUUUUGGAGAUCAGUACAACUGUCAGGACUUUGUGGUAUCAGAGCCUGGAAAGUUGGAACUUCGUUUCACUCCAGAAGGUGGAGAACCCAAGAGUGUAGUGGUUCAUGACUUUAAAGGGUCUGGAGUCGCCAUUGGAAUGUUUAACCUCGACAAAUCAAUCUUAGGAUUUGCCAGGGCAUCUUUUAACUACGCCUUAAGCCAAAAUAUGCCUUUGUACUUUUCCUCUAAGAACACUAUCCUCAAGUACUACGACGGGAGGUUUAAGGAUCUAUUCCAGAAGGUGUAUGAUGAGGAAUUCAAGACCAAAUUUGAGGAAAAGGGUUUGACAUAUCAGCACAGGUUAAUUGACGAUAUGGUUGCCUUUGCUCUAAAGUCAGAGGGUGGUUUUGUCUGGGCCUGUAAAAAUUACGACGGCGAUGUUCAGUCUGAUAUCGUAGCACAGGCGUACGGCUCACUUGGUUUAAUGUCUUCCGUUCUCUUUUCUUCAGAUGGCAAAUGCUUUUUAUCUGAGGCUGCUCACGGCACAGUUACUCGCCAUUACAGGCAAUACCAAAAGGGACUUGUUACUAGCACCAAUCCUGUGGCAAUUAUCGUAGCUUGGGCCAAGGCUCUUGAGAGGAGAGGUAACCUUGACCAAAAUCUAGAACUAGUUCAAUUUGCUCAAAAACUCGAAAGGUCAUGUGUUGACGCAAUUGACUCAGGUUUCAUGACCAAGGACCUUGCUCUGGCCAGGAACCCUAAAGCCACCGAAAACGACUACCUUAACACUGACCAGUACAUUGACAAGGUCUUAGAGUUUUUACACUCUUAA